UUUUUUCAGUUCAUUUCACAGGACCUUAGUGACUUUAUCUAGAUGACUUCAAAACCAGUAAAACGAUUACUUGUUUUGUCAGAACACCUCACAGGCAGAUUAUUUUUACAAGCACUAAUAAAUAAUUAUAAUUUCUAUUCAGGCUAUCUAAAAUUAGCAGGGAUUCAGAAUUGUUUUUAAUAAAGUCAGUUUUUGACACAAACUGGGUAUUUGCCUUUUAUCCUGCUUCUCUCUAGAGGCUGUAAAAUUAAAGUUAGAUAGCUGAAACCCAGGACCAUGGUGCAAUGAAUGGCUGUGCUUUUCCAUUAGCAGACCUAAUGGUGUCCAGCAAGGAGAGGUCUGAGGAAAGCUGAUGCCAGAACUGUGUGUUUCACUGCACAUCACAUUUUAAGCCACAGUUAUUCAUUAUUGGUGCUUAAAGUAAGACUUGUGUCUUGCAAGGUAGCAAAGUAACAUUUCUUCAAUGUGUGUCCAGAAUUCAUCAUGUAUUAAGACCUUCCCUGAGAACCCACUCUAAGACAGCUACAUGAGGGAAAAGAGCAUCCUGCAGCUUUCAGAGUAACCCUGCUGACACCUGCCUGUCAGUACACAACUAGCUUGGUUUCCCUUAAUUACAAUGUUAAAUGUGGCCCUAUGGAUUCACAUUCAGGAAUGGUGCUGUCACACUGCUGCAAUCCCUAUGGGCUGCUCCUCUUCAUGUGGCACAGCUGCAGAAAAAGUAAUUUUCUGCUCCCAGCUCUGAAUAUGCCCACAUCUGUAAGACCAUGAGCAUUCCAGCCAAAAGCCCAGCCCUCCAAGGAAACCCUGAGGCCAUUCAGUGUAAAAACUCAUGCCAAUCUCCCUCCUCUUUCCUUGGAACCUGAGCCUCCCUCCAUGAUGGAGUACAAUCAUAGAAUAGCUCAGGUUAGAAGGGACCACUAAGGGUCAGCUAGCCCAGCCCUUCUGCCAUGGUCAGGGACAUCUUCAACUAGAUCAGGUUGCUCAGAGCCCUGUGCAGUAUGGCCUUGGAUGUUUCCAGGGCAUCAGACACUACCACUCUGGGCAACAUCAACCCAUCCUCUCCAACAUGUUAGGCACACACAGAUUUCCUUGAGUGAAGGAGGGGGAAGGGGCAGCCACAGUUGGGCCUUGAGAGAUACAGACAAGGGCAUAAGGAGAAUGAUUUGGGGUCGGCAUGGGGGAAGAGAGGUAGAGGUUGUGUGCUUGGCCACACGGAGUGAAGGGUGUGAGAGGGUGACACACAUGAGAGUCAAUAGGAGCCACAGUCUGACACUUCUGUUGUCUUAUAGUUGUUUUAACAGUAUUUUGUACAUUCCUCACUUCAUUGCAAUUCCUAACAGAUUUUUCUGCUUUUUCACUCCAAGGGGAAAUGCUGCUGAUGUUUCAUACUGACAGUUAAAAGCGUUUCUCUGACUUGUAACAGCUCACUGAAAGCCUUUCAAAAUGUGAAUGUAAAAAUGUCUUUUUACACAUACACGGGAGAAAAUAGAAACAUAGGACUACACGUAUUAUUUUGUGUUUGUUUGCAUUAGAUUUUGUAUGGUAUUUUAGCAAUUUAUCACUUAGUAGUGGCUGCUCCUUGUGUUCUGCUCCCAUGCCUGAAGUUAACAUGGUUGGAAGAAGUUUGUUGGUCCAUGAGCUGUGUUCUCUCCUGCAUCAAUUUCAUGGCAAAGUAAAGAUCUAAUUUUACCAAGAUGACACAGAUGUUGGCCUUUGUCAUUCAGAGUCUUGCAGUUAAUGGUAGAGGGUGUUUGGCAGUGUGUUUUCAAUCAGGGUUCAGUGUAAGUGCAGCUGUUGUGGGUGAGGACUCUAGGGGCCUGUGCUGGCUGAGGCACAGAGGGCAGAGUUACCGAACAGGAGCAAGCAGAAGACUUGGCAGUGGUACCACUGAGCUGCUUGCUGCAGCUGUUCACUGAAGCUGAGCAAUGGUAUGAAUGAAGAGGGCUCUGGAAAUAAUUCAAGUAGUCUUGUUUUCCAGUGCAGAGUAUGAAAAGCCUUCCUCAUCAGUAAUGGAAGCUUGGGCAAGAAACCAGAAAAUGUCACAGGUUUAUUCAGGCAAGCAUGCCUUAAUUUGCUGUUCAGUAAGGAAAUGCAUGUUUAUAUGCACAGUGCAUGCUUUAUGAUUGCUUAGUGUUGAUUUAUGUGCUGUUCCUGUAGAUCUAUGGGAAAUAUCCAGCAGUGUGUAACCAUGAGGGUUAGACGAAUAGAAAUAUGGGAGACAUUAAUGAAGAAAGGAUUCUCUUUCAGGUCCCAACCUGCAGCUUCUACAGACUUGAAACAAAGAGCUGAGGCUGGCUCAGGAGCAGGAUAAAUAGAUGAUAUAAAGGUGGUAUGGUAGCGGAGUCCCUCAGUAUAAUACACAAUCAGAAAAAUAGUUUGGUGCCCCAAAUCAGAAACAGGACAAACUUAAAUUCAAAUUUCAGAGUGAAAGUAAGUAUGCAUUCUUGAAAAUAUGCAUUCUGGGCUUUAGGCUACAGUUUGUUAACACUACCUGGCAGAAGAAAAAUACUUUAAGAUAGCAGAGGCCCUGAUUAAUGAACAUGGUGCUCAGCCUCUGUUUGUCCAACAAGGAACAAAUUCCUGCAAAACAAUCCUAUUGCCAAAAUGUUUCUUGCUACAUUAUAAUUGCAGGCAGCUGGAAUUGUGCAAUCUUUUCAGGCAGACUUAAAUAGCUCUCAUCCUUCAUAGAUAAAACAGCUUGAAAGCUGUUUAUGCAAAGAAUUUGUCCUACAACUGCUUUGAAUAGGGUUUUUGACUAGUGACAAGACUAGUGACAAGACCUGCUGGAUCAGCUCCUUCUAGGUGAACUUUGGCACGUGAGUACAUCAUUCUUCAUGGAAAACAAAAAUCCCAAGUUAGUUCUCUUGCAUUUAUUAACUUUUUGUUAAUAUUUUAUUUUGUAAAAUCCCAGAAGAUUUUAUUUUCUUGAUGUUUACUUGUUUCAGUAGGCAUUAUGCUGAACACCAUACUGGCUUUGCUAAAGGACGUCAUAGGACAACCUGUUAUUUGAGAAGACUAAGUGAAUACACUGGGACUAGAGAGCAGCAGUUGCAUGCUUCUGCCUGCCAAUGACCUCAAUUGAGUCUGUUUGAAGAAACCACAUUCCAGGAGAGUCAGAUCUUUCUUGAAAGCUCUCAUUAAUUUAAAAUUCAUGCUACUGUAAUAAAAAUAGCAGGUAAUGUGAUUUGAAGAUGCCAGCCCCUUGGCAAAUAUGCUGCAAUAAAAAGUCCAGAACUAAGAAUGCAAAAGCUGAAAUGGACAACAUGGCAGAGACAAGUGAAAAAAUGCAGAUGAAGAAAGAAAUAACAUUACUAAAUGGAGUUUCUUUAAUUGUAGGGAACAUGAUUGGCUCUGGCAUAUUUGUAUCACCCAGAGGUGUUUUAAUGUACAGUGCUUCCUAUGGACUCUCACUGAUCAUCUGGGCACUUGGUGGGAUUUUUUCCCUGUUUGGAGCUUUGUGUUACGUUGAACUGGGAACAUCCAUCCUGAAAUCUGGAGGCAGUUAUGCCUAUAUUCUGGAGGCAUUUGGGGCCUUUGUGGCCUUCAUCAGACUCUGGUCUUCCUUGCUGAUUAUUGAACCAACAACUCAGGCAGUGAUAGCAAUCACAUUUGCUAACUAUAUUGUCCAGCCAAUUUUUCCCCACUGUGAACCGCCGUAUGAUGCAGUCAGGUUGAUUGCAGCUGCAUGUAUAUGUUCCUUAACAUUUAUUAAUUGUGUUAAUGUAAAGUGGGGUACCCGUGUACAAGAUAUUUUCACAUAUGCAAAGGUUAUGGCUCUUAUCUUGGUGAUAUCUGUUGGCCUUUACAAAAUUGGCAAAGGGGAAACGGAAAACCUGAGAGCUCCGUUCGAGGGCUCAGCAACCAACCCAGGGAUGAUCGCCCUGGCUCUCUACUCUGCCCUCUUUUCCUACUCAGGAUGGGACACACUCAACUAUGUCACUGAGGAAAUGCAGAAUCCUGAGAGGAACCUACCUCUUUCUAUUGCAAUUUCAAUGCCUAUUGUAGCUAUUAUUUACCUAUUGACUAAUAUAGCAUACUAUGUAGUGUUGGACAUGUCAGCUCUCCUCACAAGUGAUGCAGUGGCUGUGACAUUUGGAGGUGAAACCCUUAGUCAUGCCAAGUGGAUAAUUCCUAUAGCAGUGGCCAUGUCUUGCUAUAGUGGCUUAAACUCAUCAAUUAUUGCAGCAUCUCGGCUUUUCUAUGUUGGAGCCAGGGAAGGACACCUCCCUGUGAGUCUGAGCUUGAUUCACAUAAAGUGCUUCACACCAGUCCCUGCUCUCCUGUUCAAUGGCUUAAUGACUUUGCUUUAUCUCCUUGUGGAAGAUGUUUUCCUCCUUAUUAAUUACUACUGCUUCAACUACUGGCUCUUUGUGGGUCUAUCUAUUGCAGGACUAAUAUAUCUGAGGUACACUCAGCCACAUAGACCACGGCCUGUUAAACUUAGCCUCUUCUUCCCCAUAGUAUAUUGCUUGUGUUCCCUGUUCCUGGUUAUAGUGCCUCUCUACAGUGAUACAAUCAAUUCCCUUAUUGGUGUUGGUAUUGCCCUCUCAGGCAUUCCUGCAUAUUAUUUGGGAGUCCAUCUGCCAGCUGAAAAACGUCCUAAAUGUCUACUUUGGCUCUCUGCUACAACAACGAAGUAUGUUCAGAUGCUCUUCUACUGUGUUCUGUCAGACCUGGACAUAGACAUGGAACCCACAGCAGCUAAGAGUAAAUAGAGUUGCCUCAACACUGAGAAUUGUGCCUUGACAUGUCCUAUCUGGAACAAUUUUUGUCAUCUGAAGUUCUCCCCAUAUGUUCAGUCAUUCUAGAGCACUAACCAGGGUACUGUGCAUCAGUUUGAUGUCUGUUAAGUUGUGAUGGUUUUAUAAAACACUCUGUUUUCCAGGAUUUCUUUUUAAAAUUCUGUUUGUUCUGUGAGUUAUC